CUGCUUUACCACUUCAGGACUAAAAAAAUCAUCAUUUUCUUGCAAUAAGCGAAAAGUGAAACCUUUAAAUAAAUACCCUCUCAUUGGGGCUAUUUCCUUGUGUAAAUAAUCACACGGCUCCCAAGGCGUCGUGGCAACGUAAUAUAAUAAUAAAAUAAAAUCUGUUACAAACAGAAUUUCCGGCGAGUCAAGGAUCCAGUUGCCAGUGCCAGGACAAUCGCUAUGUCUAGUUUGCAGCGAACGAUGCUAAAAGGCAAGCUCCCGCCUACUAUCCCGGGAGGACGUAUAGGACGAGCGGACUCCUUCAAGAAGUCGCGCAUACGGGACUACAAGCCAGGAAUGUGGAAUGAGUUCUUUGCGGAGAAGGAGGACAUCGUGGUGGACGAACAGCGCACUUUUCGCAUCUAUCGAACCAAAAAACCGGAGAAGCCGGGUCCGGUUCUAUUGCUGCUCCAUGGCGGUGGCUACUCGGCCCUGACCUGGGCCCACUUUUGUUCGGAGGUAACGAGCAUGAUCCACUGCCAAUGCCUCAGCAUUGAUAUGCGGGGCCACGGAGACAGCAAGGUGGACGACGAGGACGACCUUUCGGCGGAUACACUGGCCAAGGACAUUGGUGAUCUGGUCCUGAAACUGUACCCCGAGGAGGUGCCACAAAUGUAUGUGGUUGGACACUCCAUGGGCGGAGCCAUUGCCGUCCAGUUUGCCCACAUGGCUCUGGUACCAAACCUUAUCGGUAUAACCGUCAUAGACGUGGUGGAGGGCACCGCCAUGGAGGCCCUGGCCAGCAUGCAGAGCUUUUUGCGCUCCCGUCCAAAGUAUUUCCAGAGUAUUCCCAAUGCCAUUGAGUGGUGCAUCCGAAGCGGCCAAGUGCGGAAUGUGGACAGUGCCAAAGUGUCCAUGCCCGGGCAGAUAAUAAACUGUACAACGAACAAACUGGCAACGAAUGAUCUGCCACUGCCGGAUGAGGUCCUCGAGGAGGCUCAUCACACGAGCAUGUUCCCCAAUCCGUUCAGCAUUUCCGAAGACGAGGAACAGUCUCCACCGGGCGAUGAAUCGCCCGAAACAAGCAGUGAUUCAGCAGGCGCUGAUUUCAAGAAACCCAUCACGACCAAAUCGAUGACGGAUGCGGCCAAGAACUACACUUGGCGUAUUGAUCUUUCCAAGUCGGAGAAGUACUGGGUGGGCUGGUUCUCGGGUUUGAGCGAGAAGUUCCUCAACUUGCGCCUGCCGAAGCAGCUGCUCCUGGCCAGCAUCGAUGGACUGGAUCGCACGCUCACCGUGGGCCAGAUGCAGGGUCGCUUUCAGAUGCAGGUUCUAGCCCGCUGCGGUCAUGCCGUGCACGAGGACCGUCCCCACGAGGUAGCCGAAGUAAUCAGUGGCUAUCUCAUUCGAAACCGCUUUGCCGAGGCUGCAGGCGAGUUCCGAUGCCACAUGCCGUCAUGUUAAGAGUACUCCUACCACCACUA